AAGGUUCUCAUUGCAGAUCCAUAAUCGAACCACCCCAGCCAGAACUUCUGCCUCUACAGUUGCUGUCGUGGAGCAGACUUGAAUCUCACCCAUGGAGACAGGCAGGCAAACAGGUGUGUCUGCUGAGAUGUUCGCCAUGCCCCAAGGUCUGAAGGGCAGCAACAACGAUGGAAUCCCUGAGGAACUAGAUGGGAACUUGGAAGAACCCAGGGAUCAGGAAAGUGAGCUCAGGAGUCAGGAUGUCAUGGACCUCACAGAAGGUGACAAUGAAGCAUCAGCCUCAGCUCCUCCUGCAGCCAAAAGACAGAAAACAGAUACCAAGGAGAAGAAGGAGAGGAAGCCCACCGUGGAUGCAGAGGAGGUUCAGAGGAUGACAGCCCUGCUUUCUGCCAUGUCUGAGGAGCAGCUGGCCCGCUACGAAGUGUGUCGCCGCUCAGCUUUCCCGAGAGCACGCAUUGCGGGUCUGAUGCAGUCUAUCAGUGGCAGAUCGGUGUCUGAGAACACCGCCAUUGCUAUGGCUGGAAUAGCUAAGGUCUUUGUCGGAGAGGUGGUGGAAGAGGCCCUGGACGUGUGCGAGAUGUGGGGAGAGACGCCCCCGCUGCAGCCCAAGCAUUUAAGGGAGGCCGUUCGCAGGUUAAAGCCCAAGGGCCUCUUCCCCAACAGCAACUAUAAAAAAAUCAUGUUCUAGGCCCAAGGCCAGAGGGCAGGGUCUGUUUGUGCAGGAAUAAGUAUCGCAUUCAUCUUCCAAUGACAGGACUGCAUUUGCUGGAGCUUCCUUAUCUCAGUCCACCCUGGAUUCACCCACAA